UGAUGAUCUUCAUUUCUUCCUCCACUACAAAAGAAAAGAAGAAGAAAAAUUCAGUUGCAGUAAUAAUUAGAUUAAGAUAAGAAUGGGGAUGAAGAGCAAAGUGCUAAUAAUUGGAGGAACAGGUUACUUGGGAAAGAGAUUGGUUAAGGCAAGUUUAAAAUUAGGACAUGAAACAUACGUUUUACAAAGGCAAGAAAUUGGAGUUGAUAUUGAGAAAAUUGAGCUUCUUUUAUCAUUCAAGAAAAAAGGAGCUCAUUUGAUUUGUGGUUCUCUUAAUGACCAUAAUUCCCUUGUUGAAGCUAUUAAGCUUGUAGAUGUUGUUAUUUCUGCUAUUUCUGGUGUUCAUAUCAGAUCUCAUCAUAUUCUUCUUCAACUCAACCUUGUUCAUGCAAUUAAAGAAGCUGGAAAUGUCAAGAGAUUUGUACCGUCGGAGUUCGGGACAGAUCCGGCAAGAAUGGAGAAAGCAAUGGAGCCAGGAAGAGUAACAUUUGAUGAUAAAAUGGUGGUGAGGAAAGCCAUUGAAGAGGCUAAAAUUCCCUUCACUUAUAUCUCAGCAAAUUGUUUUGCUGGUUACUUUCUUGGUGGUUUGUGUCAACCUGGUUUGAUCCUUCCUUCCAAAGAUCAUGUUCUUCUCCUUGGAGAUGGCAAUCAAAAAGCAAUAUAUGUGGAUGAAGAUGACAUUGCAAUGUACACAAUGAAGAGCAUAGAUGAUUCUCGAACUCUGAACAAAACAGUGUACAUUAGGCCACCCAAAAACAUUUUAUCACAAAGAGAAGUUGUUGAGAUUUGGGAGAAAUUAAUUGGAAAACAGCUCACUAAAACCUCCAUUUCUUCCCAAGAAUUUCUAGCUAAUAUGAAAGGUCAAGACUAUGCAGAGCAAGUUGGGUUAAGUCAUUAUUAUCAUGUAUGCUACGAGGGUUGUCUUGCAAACUUCGAAAUAGGAAAAGAUGGUGAAGAAGCUUGCAAUCUCUAUCCAGAAGUUAACUACACAACUGUGGAGGAAUACAUGAAACGUUACCUUUAAUUUAAAGCCCCACUUUAAAAUAAUCCAAAUUUUAUGCUUUUCAAUUCAACAAUGUCCUAAAGUCAUAUGUUCCUUUGGCCCAAAUCCCUAGUUUAUGACUGUUUGAACUUUCAAACUAUGACAUUGACAGAAUAAUAAUGUUGAAGUCUAUCUGAUCUUAAGGAGACAAAA